UCAAUGCCUGGGUCAGUAGCCCAGAGGAGGCACAUACAGUAUAGGAGCAGACUAAUCCACAUUACAGCAAAUAUCUUUCCAGGAAGCUGGAAGAAAGUAUAAAAGAGAUCCAUCGACAUUAUCACUUGACCCCUUCCCCCCAUCUCAACAUCUGGAAGCACAUCUGAAAGACAAAGGCCUCAGGCUGGAAGAUGGUCCCAGGCUGUGUGCUGGGGAGCUGUAACCUACUUUGACCAGCUGUCAGGAUGCCGGUGACCUUCGAGGAAGUGGCUGUGUAUUUCACCCAGGAGGAAUGGGCCUUGCUGGACCCGGGUCAGAGAGCCCUGUACAGGGAUGUCAUGCAGGAGAAUUACAGGAAUGUGACCUCACUGGGUUUUCCAAUUCCCAAGCCCAGCAUGAUCUCCCAGUUGGACCGAGGGGAAGAGCCGUGGGUCACUGAUCUCCAGGGGUCCCAGACUAGAGAGAUCCAGCGAAACAUCCCCAGAGGGACUGACUCCUGUCCGGAUUCUCUCUCUGUCCCAGCAGGUGAUGAACCAGUGAGUGAGAGCAAUGAAGAGAAUUCUUGUCCCGCAGGCCCUGAGCGAAUGGAACCAAAGGGGACGUUGCUAGGAAGGUGUGAAGAGGAUGAUUCACAGAGUCCUGUGCAUGCCAGAGAAACUCAGUGUAGGCCAGAGAAGCAGCAGGGAAACCACCCAGGGAAAACACUGGGUGAAUCCACUCACCGAGGGGGAGGUUCGGAGGAUCCCAAUGUGGCCACGAUCCAGGCGAGAAUCUGCACUAAGGAAAAGCGAUUCGAAUGUGCCGAGUGCAGGAAAUGCUUCAGUUCUGGAUCACACCUUGUUAGACAUCAGAGAUCUCACACAGGAGAGACCCCCUAUCACUGCCUUGAGUGUGGGAAACAAUUCAAUGACCAAUCAAACCUUAUUAGACAUCAGCGAACCCACACAGGAGAGAGACCCCAUGAGUGCCCUGACUGCGGGAAAUGCUUCAGUCAGAGGUCAGGCCUUAUUGUACAUCAGAGAAUCCACACGGGAGAGAAAUGCCAUAAAUGCCCUGACUGUGGACAAACCUUCACUCAGAGUGCACAUGUAACUAGACAUCAGAGGAUUCACACGGGCGAGAGACCUUAUGGUUGCCCAGAGUGUGGAGAAAGCUUUGCUUGUACCUCAGACCUUAUUGUACACCUGAGAGUCCACACGGGGGAGAAACCUUAUAGCUGCCCCGACUGUGGACAAAGCUUCACUCAGAGUCAUCACCUUACUGACCAUCGGAGAAUUCACACAGGAUGACCAUGGCAGCUGGCACCUGGGCAUUUGGCCCGAGCAAUCCUCUGCCGGAACGGAAGGUUGCACAACCACAGUGACAUCUAUGCCAUCAAACCUGUUGGUUCCCACUCUGUUCUGGUAGGGAUCCAGGGAUCUGACAUCAGGAAUCUGGUCAGGAGCAAAUCCUGAGCUGCCUGCAGUGUCUGCGGGAGGAGAGAGCAGAGCUCCUGGGACUGAAAUCCGACUGGGACAAGGAGAGUGAGAGGCUCCUGAGGCAGACGGAAGUGGAGCGGUGGCUGGUGGUGGUUGAGUGCGAGCGGCUGCGCCAGUUCCUGGCUGAACAAGAGCGCCUCCUGCUGGCCCGGCUGGGAGAGCUGGACAAGGAGGGAGGAAAAUGCCACCCGCCUGGGUGAGGAGAUUUCCCGGCUCAGCACCCUGAUCACAGAGCUGGAGGGGAAGUGUCAGCAGCCGGUGCUGGAAUUGCUUCAGAGACACAUCUCCACAUCUGGCGCCCGAGUCCCCUGAGCUGGAAAAGAGAAUCCGGGAUUUCCCGCAAAAGAACAAUCUCCAGGAGGCAGUGCCGGGAUUCCUGAGGGCUGGCUGCAGAGAGAGGACGUCAGCUCUGCCCCACAGUCUCUGCAAUGAACCCCGCUCUGGGUGACUCUGCUCUGUGAAUUCUCACCUCUCUUUCUCUGCUGGUUGUUCCAGGACUCAGAAGAGCCCGAGGAU